UAAUGGCAAAAACGACCAGCAUGCACAUACAAAUUGUCACAAAUUAAAGUCCUCUGAUGAUUAACUAGCCUAAAUAUUAUAACACUUAUAGCAGAAAAUAGGAUUGUAUUAAGCUAGUAUGUACCAUCCUGCAGCCCAUCUACUGUACUCCUUCCUUUUGUGUCAUUCCUCAGGAACACAGGAACCUCAAGGUGAACUGGGCGGGGUCGGAAUCUGAUCUCUGUUGCUGCAGAAACCACAUCCUGAGUUUCUAAAUCAGGCAACAUCGUCCAUACAGUACAUAGAGAAUAUGAGACAGUUCUGCAGCCAUCGCCAGAUGUAAAGAUGCACACACACACACACAAAAUGACAUACAGAGCUGUCCACUUUGAAUGCAAAUGUCCCCCACUGCUGAACUCUUAGUAUGCUAAUAAGCGCAAAAAAAGCAGUGUCACUAUUCGGAUGAAUAUGCAUGAGCGGCCAAGUGAGGGUGACCUGUAGGAUUGAGACGGAGGUCUAGAGAGGUGGGAUGUCAGCAGUGAGACCGCAGCUCCCAUGGGACCUGAAUGGACAGAAAAGAACACAUUCACCCUAAUGAUUAACUUACACACCAACACACACAUACACCUAUGCCAACCUCAUCUGGCCCCACCCCUCUGUGCUGCUGCCUCUUGAUCCAGCUUUCACACACCUGCCUUCACUGUUCUUGAAGCCUCAAGUGCAGUUGGACCUGGGAGGUAAAGGGCAGCACGCUGAUACAAAGUGUUUUAAUUCUCUCUGCAUCUUUGUUUGAGUUGUGGGGAAAAAAGAAUUCUGUGGCCGUGACUUCUAAAUACAGAAUCGUUCAGUAAUGAACCAUCAAGCUGCAAGGAGCAAUGCGUCCUCUCCCUCCGUGGAGUCAAAACCAACAACCCCUCCAGGUCGAAACCAACAUGGCAGCCAAAAUCCCAGCAAGUUUAUGCACGAACUCCAAACCAUCCACAAACCGUCGUGGACUGCGGCGGCUCUUUGCGUUGUGAGUUUGUGUGUGAUCCUGUCAUGUGUGAUCUGCGUGUGGAAGAAGUGCGUAAAAAAGAAGGACAAGGACAAAGAGAAGGAGAAAAAAAAGGGAAAGGAGAAGAGCAAAGGAGGCUUUGACACCGAAAUGGAUGGCAGUUACAAUGAGCCCUUGAAAGAGGAACUUAAAAAAGAAACGGCACUAUCAGAAAAUGAGCUAAAGGAGGAUGAAAAGCUUGGCAGACUACAUUUCACUCUGGACUACAACUUCACAGAAAACACGCUGGUGGUGGGCGUCCUGGAGGCUUCAGAGCUUCCCGCGAUGGAUGUGGGAGGCAGCUCCGACCCCUACGUUAAGCUCUACCUGCUCCCGGACAAAAAGAAAAAAUUUGAAACUAAAGUUCACAGAAAAACUCUGGAACCCACCUUUAAUGAGACGUUUACAUUUAAGGUACCAUACGCCGAGAUGGGAGGAAGGACGCUGGUGAUGACUGUGUACGACUUUGACCGCUUCUCCAAACAUGAUGCCAUCGGAGCUGUGAAGAUACCGAUGAGCAGCGUGGACUUCAGCCAGUCUCUGCAGGAGUGGAGAGAUCUGCAGAAGGCAGAGAAGGAGGAGAGUGAGCGGCUGGGAGACAUAUGUUUGUCUCUGAGGUAUGUGCCGACUGCAGGGAAGCUGACGGUGGUGAUUCUGGAGGCCAAAAACCUGAAAAAAAUGGAUGUGGGGGGACUAUCAGACCCUUACGUGAAGAUUCACUUGAUGCAGAACGGGAAAAGACUCAAAAAGAAGAAAACAACAAUAAAGAAAAAUACUUUAAACCCUUACUACAAUGAGUCAUUCAGCUUUGAAGUGCCCUGUGAACAAAUAGAGAAGGUGCAGGUAGGAGUGACCGUGCUGGACUACGAUAAGAUCGGGAAGAAUGACGCCAUCGGGAAGGUGCUGCUUGGUUCGAACAGCAGCGGGACUGAGCAGCGCCACUGGUCCGACAUGCUGGCAAACCCACGGAGGCCGAUAGCGCAGUGGCACAGCCUCAAACCAGAAGACGAGGUCAACCUUCUCAUUUCUAACAAGAAGUGACCCCCAGCAGGGAAAGCCAGGAUUUACCUCAAGUUAUUCCAAACGGAUUUUCCUCGCUUUUCUUUAUUUCCUUCCAUUCAAACACCAAGAUACUUAUAGGUUAAAGAACUUCUCAUUAAGCUUAUUCCCAUAGAUUAUCAAAAUGAAUAUUUCCGCCUUUUACCAUCAGGAGAUUCCUCUAAUUCCUGCUUCCUUUCAUUUUAUAAACAAAUAUAUAUCUAAAUGUAUUAUGCAAUAAAUCCAAUAAAUGUCUUUUUAAAUAA